AUGCUGGCCGGCCUCGCGAGUAUAGCUGGACGUGCCGCGGGCAGUGGAUCGUUUCUGAUGUGCAAUCUACUGCGAGCGCUGCCCACCACGUCCACCGCCACGCACACCGCAAAUCUACACACCAGCGCCCCGGCGAUGCGCAACAAUUUGUUGCAGUACAUGCACGAGAACGGGAUGCCGAAGCGGAAGGCGCGGAAGGCCGACAAGUCGCCCAUCACCGGCUACAACACCAUCCGGGGCAUCGUGCUGAAGACCGUCAUCCGCCACCCAAAAAAGCCGAACUCGGGCAACCGAAAGUGCGCCAUCGUCAAGCUGUCCAACGGCAACGAGGUGUGCGCCUACAUCCCGGGCGUCGGCCACAAUUUGCAGGAGCACUCGCAGGUGGAGGUGAAGGGCGGGCGACGGCGUGACCUGAUCUCGGUGCGGGCCAACAUUUUGCGCGGCAAACUCGACUGCGCCCCGGCCGGCGGCAAGAAA